UUAGUUAAAAUUUGAGUUUAUCUAGUGUUAUCAAAGACAACAGCUUCAGUAGGUUCACAACAUCUUUACAAAGCUCAAGCAAAAUACACUGUUAUCAUGAGUCAUACAAUAUAUAUCUUUGUUCUUGUACUGACAAGUCAAACAUGUCUGUUGGUCAAUGGGAGGAGUGGAGUAAAUCCUCAACUGAGGAUUAUCAAUGGCAGCAAUGCUGGGGUUGGUGAAUUCCCAUUCAUGUGUGCUCUAUACUACAGAGGCUACUUCACCUGUGGUGCAGCUAUUCUAUCAGAGGAGUGGAUUCUUACUGCUGCACAUUGUGUCUAUGACCGAGAUGAAAGUGAGUUUUCAGUACUGACAGGCACUAAUGAUCUUUUGGACCCAAAUGGAACAGAAACUUAUGUCAGUCAAGUCAUUAUUCAUGAAAACUACAAAAAUACUGUUAACCAAGUGGAUGAUAUUGCUUUACUAAAAUUGACUGUGGCGCUAGAGUUUGACAACUUGACCCAACCAGUAACUCUUUCUCACCCCAAUGGAGAUCCUCCAACCAACAGUGCAGUGGUUGUCAUGGGCUGGGGUGCCAACAAGUAUAAGGGCAACCCAAUGCAGUAUUUACAGAAAGCUAUGAUAGAUCUGUACAGUAACCCAGUCUGUCAAUCUAUAUACGAACCUUAUGGCAUCAAUAUCUUGUCUACCAACUUGUGUGCAGGAACUCCUGAAGGAGGAGUAGGACAAUGCACUGGAGACUCCGGUGGCCCAGUGGUGAUAGAAGGAUCUCCUUCUGUACAAAUUGGGAUAGUUUCCUUCUCUGCCAAGCCAUGUGGGAUUAAGGGCUUUCCUGGAGUCAACACUAGGGUAUCACAGUUUAUAGACUGGAUCAAAAACAAAACUGAUCUCUGAAUGGAAAAACUGAAUCAAUGAUGUCAAACAAGAAACAAGAUGCUCGCGUAAAUGCAAGGGAUAACUUGUAAUUAACUUGACAAGAGAGAGCUUGAUUUUGUUAUUACUUAAUUUAGUUCCUUAUUAUGAACUGUGGUAUUAAUGACAAUUGUACCUGAGUUUUUAUCUAAUAUAGUAGCUUCAUAAGUAACAAAUUUUCUUUGAUUUUUACAUAAAAUAAACUCAUUUACAUAUA